GUUGCAUCGGUGAAGGCUAGCAUAGCAACGUAAAAACAUAGACACCCAACACACAAACCAAACCUUUUUUUCUCGGUUACUCCGCCGCUUCCGUCUUUUUCUUCAUCCCACUCUUUCUUCCUCUUCUUAUUUAUAUUUUUCGUUUCACUCCAACGGCCCUGUCCUUGCUCACUUUUUUCUAACUUCGAUCUCUUCGCUCUUUCAUUCAUUCAUUCAUUCCAUAUUUCCAUGGCCACCCUUUUCCACCCUCCUCUCACCGCAUUUCCCACCUCCAACAAACUCCACCUCCCAUCACCCAUCUCAGCGAGGAAAGGGCAAAUCUUUGUUGUCAGAUCUGAUGCGGGGAUGAACCAUCUCCUCUCAAGAGGAGGUCACAAGUCUCGGACCCAGAAGCUGCUUACUAAUGCAGUCGCGACUAAGGCAGAUAGUUCUACAUCAUCAAAAACCGGGCAUGAACUUCUCCUCUUUGAGGCCCUACGUGAAGGUUUGGAAGAAGAGAUGGAGAGGGAUCCUCGUGUAUGCGUCAUGGGUGAGGAUGUCGGUCAUUAUGGUGGAUCUUACAAAGUGACCAAGGGCCUAGCACCUAAGUUUGGGGACCUCAGGGUUUUGGACACCCCUAUUGCUGAGAAUGCCUUCACAGGCAUGGGCAUUGGAGCUGCCAUGACUGGUCUGAGGCCAAUUGUUGAGGGCAUGAACAUGGGUUUUCUACUUCUGGCAUUCAACCAGAUCUCCAACAACUGUGGCAUGCUCCAUUACACGUCUGGAGGUCAGUUUAAAAUACCAAUUGUUAUCCGCGGACCCGGUGGAGUUGGGCGGCAACUAGGGGCCGAGCACUCACAGCGACUUGAGUCAUAUUUUCAGUCAAUCCCUGGAAUCCAGAUGGUUGCCUGCUCAACUCCUUACAAUGCCAAGGGGUUGAUGAAAGCUGCUAUCAGAAGCGAGAACCCUGUGAUACUUUUUGAGCAUGUGUUGCUUUAUAACCUCAAGGAGAGAAUUCCCGAUGAGGAGUAUGUAUUAUCACUUGAAGAAGCUGAGAUGGUUAGGCCUGGGGAACAUGUCACAAUUUUAACCUAUUCCAGAAUGAGGUAUCAUGUCAUGCAAGCUGCCAAGACAUUGGUGAACAAAGGGUACGAUCCUGAAGUAAUUGACAUAAGAUCUUUGAAACCAUUUGACCUUUACACAAUUGGAAAUUCAGUGAAGAAAACUCAUCGCGUGUUAAUUGUUGAAGAGUGUAUGCGCACAGGUGGAAUUGGUGCCAGUCUGACAGCUGCUAUUACUGAAAAUUUCAAUGAUUAUUUGGAUGCUCCUAUUAUAUGUUUAUCCUCUCAGGAUGUGCCAACGCCAUAUGCAGGGACAUUGGAGGAAUGGACUGUGGUUCAACCUACUCAGAUUGUCGCAGCAGUCGAGCAGCUCUGCCAGUAAUUGAUGAAAAAACAGUCCCAGAUAUUAAGGUUUUGGUAAAGCUAUAGCUAGAACCUGCUUUACGAAUUUCCCAUUUCCUUUUUUAUUUCUCUUCCAAGUGCCCCCAUGACCUAAACCUUUUUUAUUUAAUUUUGGAUAAGCUUUUGUAUUUUUUUUCAUAAAACAUUUACAAUUCUCAUCCAAUCUAGUUCAUCUGCAUCAUUAUAGUGGUUACGAUCGUUAGGCCAAGAACUCUCGUAUUUGUAGUAUGUGUUGAACCGACCAUAAAUUCUUAUUGUAGGCCUAUUUUGUAAGAGUGACAUUAUUCAUACAACAUACUUUUGAAAUUUUUCUCUCA